AUGGAUAUGACCGAGUUUACGGCCAAGCACAAGCAGCGCUCGCUCUACGUGCUGGCCUUUUUCUGGUUUUUCACCGGUGUCGAGUACGCCGUAAUUCUGCCCUCGGCCUGGCUCUACCUUCAACAUUUGGGUGCCGAUCACAAGUUUUGGCUCAGCGCUUCCAUCUCAGCUUUUAGUUUGGCCAACUUUGUGUUCUCCCCGAUCUAUGGUCGCAUCGCCGAUCGCUUCUCCACGCGCUCCAUCCUCAUCAUCUCCAAUUGCUUUGAGAUUGUCGGCAACCUCUUGUACCUGGUCGCCAACGAUACCUACUCCAACGUCGAGGCACGCUUCAUCGCUGGUAUGGGCGCCGCUGCCGGUGCCGCCAUCUUCGCCUUUAUCAUCCGCUGCGCUUCCUCCCCGAUGGAGGUCAACUCCAAUAUGGGCUGGAUCAUGACCGCUCGUGCUGUCGGCCUUAUUGUUGGUCCCGCUUUCAACUUUCUACUGGUCAAGGUCGACUUUCACAUUGGCGCUCUGCAUGUGACACCCCUCAACUCCCCGGGCUUGCUUAUGCUCAUUGUUUGGAUCAUCUGUCAAAUCCUCUGCGUUUUCGUCUUCAAGGACAUGCCUUCCGCCCCUGUCACCCGCAACCUCAAUGUCAUCGCCGAGGAUAAACCCUCCGCUCCAGAGGAGGAAGACAGCCCCCGCUGCUCCGAGUACCUCAACCUCGGCGUCAUCUCUCUUCUCCUUGUUCAGUUCCUCAACAUGUUCAAUCAGACAGCCUACGAGACCUUCCUCACCCCGUUCACGCUGGCCACCUUCCAUUGGAAGCAAACAGCCAACUCAAUCAGCUUCAUCGCAACAGCUGUCUUGGCCAUUGGCACUUACUACACCAUGAUUCGCAUCCAGCGCAAAUACAACAUUGCUGAUCGCAUUGAGAUUACCAUUGGAAUUACGCUCCAGUUGGUGGGCUUCUUCCUCUUUUGGCUCAUGCCCUCCCACGACACUGGCGAUGUCUGGAAGUUUAUCUUCUCGUCUGUCAUCUUCGUCAUCGGCCUUCCCUUUGUUUACAUCGCCCCCGCGCUCCAGGCCAAGCUCACAACCAAGCGCGCUCAGGGCUUGGGUCAAGGCAUCCGUCGCUCCGUUGUAUCUGCAGCGCAAAUCAUCGGCCCGCUGUGGGCCACGCUGUCCGAUCACCGCGAUGCCUUUUGGGGUGGUAUGGUCGGCUUGACGGCCUUUAGCUUGGUUGUGCUUGCCCUCAGCUGGAAGCAGAUUAAGUUUGUCAUGCCCACGCUGCCCAACUCGGCGCCAACCACCCCCAGCAAGGCCAAGGGCGAAAAGGCACCGCUCCUUGUUCACGAAGAAGAUGAUAGCACGCCCGAUCACUCCUUGGUCCGCGACUUCCGCCGUGGCUCCAUCAACUAGACGUCAUGUGGUCCCAACCGCACUAACUGAGGAGCCCGCGUACCCCCACUAGCUCUACUCACGGAUGCUAUGGACCAGUGCUUAUUAUGUGAAUGCACUCGUACCAGCGUUGGCCCACUCACUUGACUUUUUGAACACUUUCAGUUUGAUUUUCGUCGUUUGUUUGUUUCUUUUUUGUUUUUCACUUGUUUUUGCUUCUUCUCAAUGCGCGCAGUCUGUGCUUAGGUCCAGUAGGCCAAUACUUUUGCUGUCGGUCGGUGUUCUCUUGCGCGCAUGUGUAUGUGAAUGUGCAUGUGUAUGUGCAUCUGUAUGUGUAUGUGCAUCUGUAUGGGUAUGUGCGUGUGUUUUGCACACGCACGCGCCCACACAAGACGCACAGCAUUUCUUGCCUCCUUCCUGCCUCCCGCGCUUCCGGCACCACAGCCUUUGCAUGGUUCGAAGUAUAUGGCAUCUCUUUGGCUUUGAUGCCUCUACUCUAGCAAUCCAUCUCAA